GAGACACCCGCUAGCGCCAGAAACUUAAUCGGGAGUGUGAUUUUGACUGCCUUUCGGUCAGGGGAUGGACGCAAAGUCGCUCAGGAGCAAAUCCUCUUCAGGGUCCGCAGUACUUCUCCUCUUCGUCUGUGCCGGCGUUGCAAGCUGGAAGCAAGCGGCCGCGGUUUCCCUGAGCCCCAGGUCCACAGACUGGCCGGCCACCUCCAUCCAACAGCCCGACCGUAACCAGAGCUGGGCGUCGUCCAGCGCAGUGACCAGAAGUACGAGGACAACGCGGUUAAGGUUCGUGCUCCACACGCUGAACAACGCCGACUACGAGGACUCCGAGGACUAUGGGGAGGAGGAGCCCACGACGCCGCCGGCCGAGCUCGGCCCCCUGCCCGCCUGCGACUACAAGCCCUGCCGGCAUAUGCAGGUCCCCUGCGUGGAGCUGCAGCGUGCCCAGCCGUGCCUGUGUGUCGGCGUGUCGGGCAGCGACGUGCCGCCGUCCCAGCCCAGGCUGCAGCAGGUGACGGCGGCGUGGGACCACGGGGCCAGCGUGCACUGGUGCGCUCCGCUGUCCAAGGUGAGCAGCUACCGCCUGGUACACUGGCCGAAGGGCGGCUCGCACAACGUGACCACCCAGCCCAUCUCCAGCCGCCACCGCCUCUUCGCCCUGGACGGCCUGGAAGCCGCCACCACCUACGUGGUCUGCGUCCUCGCCGUCAACCCGGCCGGUGCCAGCGGGCUCUCCCAGCGGGACCUGGAGGCGGCAAACCCCGGGUCGGGGCCCUGCCUGGCCUUCAGCACCCGCUCCACCCGUAAGCUGAUCCUUUACCUGGGCGUCGCCGUCUGCCUGCUCGUCGUGCUCAGCGUCCUCUGUGUCCUCCUCCGGUGCUUCUGCGCCAAGCCCCGGCGCUCACCGGCCCCUUCCUCCCUCGCCCUCGGCCUCCGCAACCCGACCUACGAGCACGACAAGAGCAGCCAGCAGACGGCCUAGGCGAGGGAUACUGUCAGUGCCGAGGGAGGUUUUGGACUGUCGAGCAUCCCUGCUGUACCCCGGGUGGAGGUUGAAAAGCCCCCUGUGGCAGAAAGGGGGUAGGGAAGUACCAGGAAAAGGGCUCUGAGUUGGGGGGAGAGCCUGAGGGAAGGCCAUUCGGCCCCUCUAUCUAUUCUACCAUUUUUAAUAUCAUGAUUUGAUCUACCUCAGAACUAUUUUCUUUGUCUGUAAAAUCCUAUGGGGAUUUCUGAAUGCACUGAUGACGAUGUCUCCACGGCCCUCUUGGGAAGAGGACCCCGAAGAUCUGGGUGAAGAAAUUUGGAACUUUUCCAGAGCGAAGAGAUGUCUGGUGGAGGAGCCCGGUGGGUCGGGCAGCUUCCGACCCGCCGAGUGGAGGGAAGCGGGCAGUGGACAUUUGGGGCCAACGUACCUCAU